GUCGUAUCAUGAAGAAAACCCGCCACUUUACUUAAAUUUGAAACCAGUGUUUGCUUGAUCCGAAUCGCUUAGUGAAGUUGCGUUUCCAUGGACGCCGCCUCCUAUCAGGAAAUAAAAGCUCCUUCUCAACAGAUAGGAACUAAAGCAUUUUCCUCCGAUUCGUUUAGCCCGUGUUCGGAAAAUCCAAUUGGGUAUUAUCAUGCUUCUGUUCAGGAACUCUUGGUUAUUGACGAUCUCCUCUCUGGCUUGGUUGGAAUUGAGGGAAGAUACACGAUUCGUGGAAAAGAGGAUGAAAUGAAUCUCCAAUUUGAUACAUCUAUGGAUUUGGCACUUCAGGAAUUGGCAAAACGGAUAUUUCCAUUGUGCAAUAACUUUUUGUUGAUCAAUCAGUUUGUUGAGUCGAGGUCACAAUUCAAGAAUGGUCUGGUUAAUCAUGCCUUUGCUGCUGCUCUAAGGUCACUCCUUCUGGAUUACCAGGCUAUGGUGGCACAGCUUGAACACCAAUUCCGACUUGGGAGGCUUUCUAUGCAAGGGCUAUGGUUUUUCUGUCAGCCAAUGAUGGGAUCAAUGCAAGCGUUGGCAACUGUGGUACAGAAGGCUUCUGCUGAUAAUCUCAUGGGUUCUGCAGUUCUUAACCUGUUGCAGAGUCAGGCCAAGGCCAUGGCUGGUGAUCACACGGUUAGGUCCUUAUUGGAGAAAAUGACACAAUGUGCAAGUUCUGCAUAUCUUGGCAUAUUAGAAAGGUGGGUCUAUGAAGGGGUGAUUGAUGAUCCUUAUGGAGAAUUUUUCAUUGCUGAGAACAAAUUGCUCAAAAAGGAAAGUCUCACUCAAGAUUAUGAUGCUAAAUAUUGGCAACAACGUUAUAGCCUCAAGGAUGGUAUUCCUAGCUUCCUUACAAAUGUUUCAGGCACAAUAUUGACCACAGGAAAAUAUUUAAAUGUCAUGAGAGAAUGUGGGCACAAUGUUCAGGUUCCUGCAUCUGAAAAUUCAAAGUUUGUGAGCUUUGGAUCAAACCAUCACUACCUUGAGUGCAUAAAAUCUGCCUAUGAUUUUGCCAGUGGUGAGCUCUUGAAUCUCAUAAAAGAGAAGUAUGAUCUCAUAGGAAAACUGCGGUCUAUAAAACAUUAUUUUCUUCUUGAUCAGGGUGACUUUUUGGUUCAUUUUAUGGACAUAGCUCGGGAUGAGCUUGUGAAAAGGGUUGAUGAGAUUUCUGUGGAGAAACUGCAGUCUCUCCUGGAUCUUGCUUUGCGAACCACGGCUGCUGCAGCUGAUCCUUGUCAUGAGGACUUGACCUGCUGUGUGGAAAGAUCAUCAUUGCUCAAAAGGUUGGGCACACUCAAAGAUCUCAAAAUUAGUAGGCCUGUUUCUGAUAGUAAUGAUACUGAGGAACCAGUAAGCAUUACUGGCUUGGAAACAUUUUCCUUGAGUUACAAGGUUCAAUGGCCAUUGUCCCUCGUAAUUUCAAGAAAAGCCUUAACAAAGUAUCAGUUGAUUUUUUGCUUCCUGUUUCACUGUAAACAUGUUCACCGUCAGCUUUGUGCGGCAUGGCAAGUACACCAAGGAGUUCGUGCACUUAACAUGCAAGGAACUGUCAUCUCAAGAUCAUCAAUUCUCUGUCGCAGAAUGCUCAAAUUUAUUACUAGCCUCUUACAUUAUCUAACAUUUGAGGUUCUGGAACCUAAUUGGCACGCAAUGCAUGAUAGACUUCAAACAGCAAAAAGCAUAGAUGAGGUUAUUCAAUACCAUGAUUUUUUCCUUGACAAGUGUCUGAAAGAAUGCCUGCUUCUUUUGCCCGAACUUGUGAAGAAGGUGGAGAAGCUGAAGUCAAUAUGCCUUCAAUAUGCGGCAGCAAGUCAAUGGUUGGUCUCAUCAUCCAUCAACAUUCAUAAGUCAGAUGUACUAUGCGAAGGUUCUAUUGGAUUGGAGAAAUCAAAACAAUGGAGACCCAGGAGUAAAUCCCAGGCACUAAGAUUAACGGCUCAAAAUGCAACAACUGUGACUGAUUCUGUUCUGAAAUUUGAGAAGGAAUUCAAGUUCGAGCUCCUGAGUCUCGGACCAAUCUUGAGCAACAGUUCCCAAGUAGAACCAUACUUGACGCAUCUUGCACAGUCUAUUCUUGGUGUUGGAAAUGACCAGUAACUCGUGGCUUUUAUGAGCCUGAUUAUUGUGUAUUCCAUUUGUUAUGAACAGUGCUAGAAUUUUUCGUUCCAUGGCAACAUAAGUAUUUUUAUUAUUGUGUAUAUUAUAUCCGUUUUUUGUACAGACCAAGACAUGUCAUAGUAGGAUGGGUAAGCAUUCAUUACAA